CAUUCUGCAUGAUCACGUAGCAUGAAAUUUUAUCUUUGAAACCGUCAAAUUUUGUGUGUGUCUAUGUAUUUAUUAAAGACUUGAGCUUGGUGUCCCAUUCAAAUUUUGUCGAAAGAAAGAAAAAAACAGCAGUCGACAAUGGAGAUCGAGGAAGGGCAAGCCCAAGUAAUCCAAAAGUUCGUGAACAAAGCCUCGACUCUUGAAACCACCUCCUCUCUCGCCAACCUCAUCGUUGAAGCCACUUCUCACCCUUCUCUUUUCGCUUUUUCCGAGAUUUUAUCUCUCCCUAAUAUCCUCCAGCUUCAAGGAACUGAGGAUUCUGCUUAUAUUGAUUUGCUUCGCUUAUUUGGUUAUGGAACCUGGCGUGAUUACAAAGGUAAUUCUGCUAUGCUGCCAAAGUUGUCACAGGAUCAAAUCCUCAAGCUCAAACAACUCACUGUGCUUACUCUUUCUGAGACCAAUAAGGUUCUCUCUUACAAUAAACUUCAAGAGGAGCUUGAGGUUUCUAAUGUGCGUGAACUUGAAGACUUCCUAAUAAAUGACUGCAUGAUACGGGCAUAGUCAAAGGGAAGUUGAAUCAGUUGGGAAGAUGUUUUGAGAUUUAAUUAUUUACCCUGUGAAGAAUAAGUCAUUUGUUUGGCUUCAUCAAGUCUCUAAUAAAUGUUUUCGAUUUAAUGCUUGAUUCUCUGGGGUUAUUUCAUUUGUAGGUGCAAUUUGCAGCAGAGAGGGAUCUCAUGCAUGGGCAGCUUGGGAGUAUGAUAGAUACUUUGGGAAACUGGUUAGCCACUUCAGACAACGUGCUUUCCUUGAUUGAAGAAAAGAUUGACUGCGCUAGUAAAAUGUGUCAGUUGAACAUGGAUCACCAGCAGGAACUCCAAGGUAGAAUUGAUGAAGGAAAGAAAAAUAUCCAUUUUAAGGUGUAAGCUGAAUAUGCAUUCUACUUUAAAUCACAGCACAAGCAGGACCUUUGUUUCUUGGAAUAUGGUGAUGGUUUUGACUUUCUUGGUGGACCAAUGGAACAUGAAGAGGAUCUCAUGCGAUCCAAGAGGAGCUGGUCACCGCACAGUUACAGGCGAAGAAGGUCGCUGUACCCUUGAUGUGUCUCCUGGUGGUAAACCAAGUUGCUCAUGGCAUAUUAGAAUCAGGAAUUAUCCAGCUAGAAUCAGGAAUUUGUCACCAUUUUCUCUCUUUUUUAAAAAAAAAAUGAAGUCUCAGGGGGGAAAUUAUUCAAAUUUAGUGCAGAUUCGUAUCCUUAUCUCAAAGCAAGGAUGUUGGUUUUUAUUGUCUUUCUGCAUGCAUGUCAAUAUAUUUCUAAAACCAGCAGCUGAUAUUUCAAAACCAAAGCAA